AUGAUGGAUGAAGAAGAUGAUGUUCUGGAGCACAUCAACAAGCUCAAGACUAUGGCGGAGCAGCUCGAUGCGGUUGGCGCUCCGGUCAGCGAGGAUGACUUAGUGAUCACGCUUCUUGACAUGAAGCGCAAGGAACAAGAUGGCGGCGUCGACGGAUUCGCGCACGGUCAAGGUCAAGCGUUCGUGACAAGUAAUCACAGCAAGCGAAAAGGAGGACGGCCAGUGCAGAAGGCCAUUAAUGGAGAUAACAUCAAGCUGAGUGAAGAGUGGAUGGUCGACUCAGGUGUGACUCAGCACAUGACAUACUCAAAAGAGUACAUGAAGAAAUACCAGAAGAUCUCGCCAGUGGAUGUGCACUUGGCGGAUGAUGGCGUGGUACAAGCAGUGGGAAAGGGAGACAUCAUCAUGUCAAUGAGGACAAAACACGGCGUCAAGAAAGGUGUGCUUACUGGUGUGUGGCACAUACCCAAGUUGACGCGCAACCUGUUCUCUGUGGGGCGUUUUACGAAGGACAUUGUCCCCGUCACAUUUGAAAGUGACGGGUGCUUUGCUCAGUCGAAGAGUGUGAAGUGGCAGCUGGCUACGUGCAAGGGAAAGGGCUUGUUCAAGUUAUGCGUGACCCCGCUCAUGCUAGAUGAGGCAAAAGUGUCAAGUUCAACCGACCCCAUUGUCAAGAAGGGCUACGGCAUCGGCAUCAACAGCACGUCUGUGCAACAGUGGGAGAUGUGUCAAGGGUGUGCUCUUGGCAAACAAACUCGAGUGAGCUUUAUGCCAAAGUCCCCAGAGAGUGCAAAGAAGAUGCUAGAAGUCAUCCACAGCGGUGUCUGUGGUCCUAUGCAAACAGCUUCGCUCGGUGGAAGCAGAUACUUUGUCACGUUCAUUGACGAGUAUUCACAUUUUAGUGUGGUGUUCUUGCUUAAGAACAAGUCUAAAGUGGCUUCUGAGUUUGCCGAAUUUGUCGCAUUUGCAGAGACUCAGACAGGCAACCGCUUCAAGCUACUUCGCAGUAACAACGGCGGAGAGUACAAGUCGGAUGAGAUGACCAAGCUGUGCAGUAGUGGUGGCAUUGUAAUUGGUGAAAUGCGCUCUCUGCAUGUUGGAGCGUGCCGGACUGUCCAAGAAUAUUUGGGUGAAGCGGUUGUAACCGCUACAUUCCUUCGAAAUCGAUGUCCAACACGUGCCACAAGUCAAGACAAGUCGCCACAUCAAAUCUGGACCGGCGAGAAACCGCUGGUUUCAAAUCUGAAGGUGUUCGGUUGUCACCCACACGUGACGGUCCCGAAGCAAAAGCGCACCAAGUUUGAUGCGCAGUCAGUCUAUUUCCGCUUCAUAGGAUACUCUGAACACGAGAAAGCGUAUCGCUUUGAAGAGAUCAAGAGUCGUCGUGUUCUAGUGAGUCGCGACGCAAAAUUCAUGGAAGACGUCUCCGACAUGGGAGACGCACCGAAAGAGACGCAGAAAAUGUCUUUGAAAGUCAAGAAGAUGAGAGUACAGGUCAUUAAUGUUCUUCCGUACCAAUUCAGCCUGACGAAGAAGACGCUGCGCAAGACCAACAUACGGAGCCCGUCAGUAAGCGCCACACGCAAAUCCUUUUAA